AUGGCCUCCAAGUUCCUACGAGAGUACAAGCUGGUAGUGGUCGGCGGUGGUGGCGUCGGAAAGUCCUGCUUAACCAUCCAGCUGAUCCAGAGUCAUUUCGUGGAUGAAUAUGAUCCUACAAUUGAAGAUUCCUACCGCAAGCAGUGUGUGAUCGAUGAUGAGGUUGCUUUGUUGGAUGUCCUGGAUACAGCCGGCCAGGAAGAAUACUCGGCAAUGCGGGAACAGUACAUGCGCACUGGAGAGGGUUUCCUCUUGAUCUACUCGAUAACAUCGCGUCAAUCUUUCGAAGAAAUCAUGACUUUCCAACAGCAGAUUCUCCGUGUCAAGGAUAAGGAUUACUUCCCUAUCAUUGUGGUGGGUAACAAGUGUGAUUUGGAAAAGGAGCGUGUAGUCUCUGAGCAAGAGGGUGAAGCCCUGGCUCGUCAGUUCGGUUGCAAGUUUAUCGAAACCUCCGCCAAAUCCCGUAUCAACGUUGAGAACGCCUUCUACGACCUCGUCCGUGAGAUCCGUCGCUACAACAAGGAGAUGUCCUCGUACCCCUCCGGCUCCGGUGCUUUCGGUGCUCGUCAGCCCGAAGGAAAGAUGGAUGUUAGUGAGCCUGGUGAGAGUGCCGGCUGCUGCUCCAAGUGUGUCAUCAUGUAA